AGAUUGUCAAACUAAUUGAUUAUCUAAACUAUUAAGUUUUUGACACAGUUAAUAAUAAGAUUAUGAUAUAAAUUAAUGUGUAAUUUUAAAGAUAUACGAAUCUUGAUGAUCAAUACAGGAAUGGUAAGGCAUUAUUGCAAUCGUGGACCAAGAGGACAAUAAAGCCGUAAUAGAUGAAGGGGAAGAAUUUGCCCAGGAAUCUAUUGACCCAUUUUUCCUUCAAUG